UCCCUGUUCUCCCUCUCCUCUCCUCUCCUCUCCUGCCAUGUCAGUAUCCAUGAGCAACCAACUCCAGCGCCGGCGCUCUUUUGGCCCUGUCUCGCCCAAACGCAUCUAUAGAAACCUGUCCGUCCGACUGCGGGGUGGAGAAUCGUCUGUUGCCACGCAAACGGACGCACCCAAGCACCUGAGCAAGCCUGCGGAUGCUUAUCAGACCCUGUGGGAGGCAGUGGAAAAUGAGGACACUUUGGCUGUACAAAGCCUGCUGUCCAGAGACCACACCAACUGUGGAGGAGGAGGAGGAGGAGGAGGAGGAGGUGGAGGAGGAGGAGGCAGCACGAGGGAGAGAGGAGAGAAGAAAGAGAAGGACUGGGAGAGGGAGAGGGAGAAGGGGGUGAACAGGGUGAGCGAACAGGGCCUGGUCCCCCUGGACGUGGCUGCCCUUACCCAUAAUUCCCCUCUGCUCCAUGUGUUGACAAAGGCGGGGGCCAGACAUAACCCUGUUUUGUGCCAACCAGCAGAGUGGGCCGUUAAGUUGGAUGCCCUGGUGGCACUGGCGGGCAAACGGGUGGAGGAGAGGAAGAGUGAGUUGCUGAAGAAGGCCGGGGCAGGGCCUCAGGCACAGGCCGACGUCCACAGACAAAUCCACCUCUGGAGCCUCAGGCUGCAACUGUACUGCCGCAUGAGACAGAACUUCCAGAACACAGAGCUCCCCGGGCCCCCCAGUCAUGUGUCCAUACUGGUGACCAGCACAUCCUCUCUGUUUGUGGCAAUCAAGGAGCCAGAAGGUGACAACAUGGGGCUCAUCACUCACUACAGAGUGGAAUGGAGCACCUCAGCCAGCUUCAAACGCAUCCUCGGCUCAGCCCAAGUCUCAGAGACCAAGAACCCUUCCUACAGCAUCAAGGGACUCACAACAGGAGCGCAUUACUUUGUGAGAGUGAGCUGCUACAAUGUGAAAGGAUGGGGCCCGCCUCAGAGCUCUACUCCGGUCAGCGCUGCCCCCUCCAGUUGGAGAGAGUGCAUCGGCGUGAAGUCACAGUUCAGAAAUCACGAAGCUCUUGUGAGGAAACUGCUGGAAGACGCCAAAGAACCGCAUUACAGAGGAUUCUGCAUAGAGAGCUCUAAGCCCCAGAGUCCCAGCAAGCGGCUGUCUGUGUCUCGAAGCAUCAAACAACUGUUCCAGUCCGCCACCAAGUUUGUUCGUCUCCUACAGAGGGGCGUGUACUUGGCUACUGUUUUCUACCACAAAGAAAACAUCCUGGUGACAGCUGAAGAUCAAAUCCCACUGGUGGAGAUCCAGUGCUGCUCCACCUCCAUCAUACACGACUUUCUUUGGUUUGCCAAGUUGUCCUGUGCAUGGCAACAAGUGCCCUGGCUCCAGCAGGCCCUUUCCUCUGCUCAUUCAUCUUCCUCAUCCCUCCUUCAGAACAGGCACAACAUUUUAAGAGCCGUUUCCCAGCUGCAGGAUUCUCUGGGAACAAUGCAGCUGGGCCAGGUGUACUACGAACCUCUGAAAGACCGACAGGGCAACGUCUUACUGGUGACUCUUAAGGAGUUCCCAAACCCUCCCAGCCCUCCAGACCCUCCGCUCCACUGGAUCCCCCUGGCUCGCCUGGAGAAGAACCGCAGCAGAACCCCUCUGCUGCCUGAGCCCACUGCCAUGGACAUGCUCUACGAUCAGCUCAAGGAGAAACUUUCCCUCCACAGGCACAGCAUUCAGUGGGCCAAGCCGGGUCUGUACGUGGGCAUCCUGAAACUGUGCAGCUCAGUGGAACAGAUCCGGGUCCUGGUGCCCCAGAGGCUGCCCAAUGUGCUCUGCCACACACGGGUCCGACAUAACUCCCACGUCUCCAGAGAGGAGUGGGCAUGGCUUCAGAGUCACGUUUACACCACAGCCAAUGGCAGCACUCCGAACCUGUUGAGUGGCGAGGAUGAGAGCACCAUGGAGAGCAGCGGGCUGGUGGAGUUCAUCAUGUCUCUGAGAGCGGCCAUCGCACACCUCCUGACAAAGCUCAACAUCCCCCUCUACAGGGCGUAUCAGUACGGCGUGUACACCCGGGAGCUGCUGCAUUUUGGAGACAAGCUGUCCAUGCUGCUUCUGCUGCCUCCCAGUGAGGACUUCAGCUCCAGCUACUGGCCUCUGGUGGGGACAAAGGAGCCUGGACUCACCAUGCCCCUGCAGAUCUUUGAGCUGGUUCACUUCUGGACCUAUGAACGCGACUUCCUGUCCCAGUACUGCCAGGCCUGGGUGAGGCUGGAGCUGGACUCACAUCUAGCCCAGCAGGCUCUGCGGGAGGCGCUGGACACCAAGGAGGUGCAGGAGGCCCGGGAACGCCUGAACCACAUCACGGAGCUUUCCCAACGUCUGGAAGUGGUGUGGAGGGAUGCCCGCUGGAUUAUGGACUGUCUGCAGUGCGUUCGGUCCAAGCAGUGGGUCGGGGCGGUGCCUCUAGGCCUGGUGAUGGGAGGAGACCCUCCGCCAUGUCCUGAUGGUGAGGACGAGGAGGAGAGUUUGACCGCCAGACUGACGUGGCCCCAUCGCAUACAGGCACAGAGAGCCAUUGCAGAGUCUUUAGUUGGUGGGACUCCUUCAAACGUUGUAGCUGCUGAGAUCGCCACUCCAUCAGGAAUCAUGGUUGUCCCUGAAGAGGCCACACUGUUAAUGGAGGGUGUGGCGAAGGGAGGAUACCCGGUAGACAUCACUGCCCAAUCAACUGUAGACUUGACAAGCCUUGGCCAGUCAGAAUUAGGGUGCGCCAGCGCUUUAAUCGAGUCCGGACUAGAGCCUGGUGCUGUUGCACAGUUCGAAGUCGGGUACACAGUUUUGGAAACACAGGAGUCCUACAGCGGGGAAGAGGACUUUCCUUCCAGCAUCACUGAGGUAAUCCGACCAAUGGAGAUGGCAGAGUUGGUGGACAUCUUGCCUACGCUCAGUCUCAUUGAGGAGGAGACUCCAAGUGGGCCGUCCACACCGUCAGUAUUGGACAUGCUAGAGAGCUUUGGACUAGGGAUCGGAGAAAGCAAAACCUUCUUUGACUUUGAGAAUUCAGCCGAUUGUCUGAACAGCAGUAGUGUGAAAGAGACUCACUGUGAGAAUAAAGACAUGUCUGCCUCCCAUGCCACAGUGGACGCAACAGGGGGUGACGCGCCUGCUUUGAGCUGCUCUACAGGGGAUAGAGAGGCUCAGCAGGUUCCCAGCAAGGGAGCGAGCUUUCCAUUGAGAAACCAGGUGGAGUGGGACAGACCAGCUGACAGUUCAUCCUGAUAUCAACUCAAGCACCAGCCUUCUUUGACCUUGUAUCAAUUCAAGAGGAAAUCAGUGGGCUGCAGUUCAGUUGAUUUACAGACAGAAGAUCCUAGUGCGUUUUUCUUUUGGCUUGGAAAUUUGUGUCUGAGUUAACAAUAACUGCUGUGGAGGAAGAUUCCAGUGACAUUUAGAUACUUCAUCUAACACGAUUAAUGUUAUUUGCACAUUUUUGGCCCUGUAGUUGUCUUUUCUAAAGUCCAUUAGAGCUUAUUGUGUAGAAAAACUAAGCUACAGUAAUGGUUUUAAUGACUUGAAACUCCAUCACUCACUACAGCAUAAAGCAACAUUGCUGCUUGAUGGAGUAAACAGACUCAUUAGAUGCACAAAAUUCACUAAAAUGGAGGUGCAGUCUACAAAUGAAUGCUAUACUGAAUGUGUAAUUGAAUCGCUUCUUUUUGGUUUACCGGUGUGCACUUUUGGCAUAACAAAAAAGUAGCAAGAUAUAUAAUCCAGUUGAAUAUACAUUAACUGCUGUCUGUCCUACAAGUUUUCCAUUUCAAGCUGAAGCCUAGAUAUCUAAUGAGACAAAACAUGCAAUUCAGACAAAAAAAGAGAAGUCAGAGACAAAAUGCAGGUGCUGCAAGGAAACCAAAGUCAAGAUGUCAACUUACAGUUGUGAGAAGGACGUAGAAGAUGAUUUCUUCUUCUGUUUCUUCAGAUUUUUUCACAAAUGGUCCUUCACUACAAAGGCCUAGUCACAGUUUUUCAAAAGUACUCAGAAAUGUCCGUUAUUUGUCUACUAUGUAGCAUACACAUUACAGUUUUUUAAGGGAAAUGCACAACAUUCAAAUUCACACAUUCAUGUCAGUUCUUUUUUGCUUUGGAGGAGAUUUGGCCUUACUGUUGCAUCUGUAUUUAUUGAACUACAGCCAAGUAAAUAUGCAGUCUUGAUAAAUGUUUUUGAAAGAGUGGCAAUAAGUAAUGUUUUGUGUCUUUACUGCAGAGCAGGCACACUGAAAAUACAAGAAUAGAGUACAGUUUAAUAGAACAGAAUAGCUUUUCCUUACAGCUCAGUGCCUUUAAACAAAAGUCCACAAAUGGCUAUUUUUAUUUUUGGUAGGAAUAAGAUAAAUACACCACAAACGGUCAUUAUGUAUUAAACUGUUAAGUGGGUUGAAACAGCCCAAACUAUUGUUGUUAAAAAUCCUAUUAAAUACUUCCUGCAUUCAAAUGCU